ACUUGGUCAGGUGCUGUCCUUGGUGGCUCACAGAUAUGGGCGGUCAGCGGUCCGGGCUGCUCUUCGACUCUGUGGGCAACGUCCUUGGACUCCUGGUGUCCUGCGCGGGAUGGUACAGGCUGUCCCUCUACUUGAUGGAUGUCGUCCUCGGCUUGGCAGGUGAUGUCGUCCAGCUCCUCUCGGCGUUCUGCGGGGAGGAUGUUUAUAUCUUGCACGGAAAGGGUGGGUGUGUGGUCUUCAGUUGGCGGCAGAAAUUCUGUGACGUGGGAUGUGGGCGUCCGGACCUCUGGAAUGGUGGUACAUGGGCGUUUCUCCUGCGCGAACUCCUCCGUCCUUGAAGUCGCUGAUGUGGGCUCCAGGAUGUGGUGUGGACCUUCCAUAAUUUAUUGGAUGGUAUAA